GCUUGGGCAAGCGACCAUGAUUUCCAUAGUAGUGCUUUUUGUGCUCCUGAAAAGCCUCAUCCACUACCCGCAGCUCGUGGGUGAUGCUUGGGAGGAGGAAAUACGUCUGCGCAUGGAAGUGCGUGCCAAGCAGCUGGAAUGGGAGAGGAUUCGGCUGGAGCAGGAGCUGGAGCAGCUCAGCCUGAAGCAUGUGCAGCUCAUGGGGGUCUUGCAGCCAUUAGCACUUGGUGUGCUUGUGGCCCUUGUCUUGGUGCUAUGGUCAAUGGCGUGCAAAAUGAGCCAGAGGAGAGAAGAGUAUGAAGAUGAAAACAAUGGUGAAAAUGAAGAGGAAGUCAGAAAUGGGGAUGCAAAUGGAGAAGGCGAUGUUGGAAAUGCAGAAGAUGAUGAUGCGAAUCGGGAGGAAGAUAACAAUGAUGAUGGCAAUGUACAGGAAGAUGGUAACGUUGCUGCAAAUGGAGAGGAUAAUAUGGAAAAUGAAGUUGUUCAUGAGGCGGCAGAUGCAGAAAACAAUCAUGUUGCACUUAUAGUCUAUGAAGGGAACGAUUCUAAUGAUAACAUUGGAAGAAUUCUUAUGGAACGCAUACAGUGGCCUACACAGAACCUACAGAGAGGCUGCGAGUGGACAAAAAACCUCAUGGACAAUUAUGCACUUUACUUUGGACACGUCUUAUCCAACAGCUUCUACCCAGGCCUGCAACGAGCCAUCGGGGUGGGCAGCGCCUUCGAAGGUUGGAGUCCCCGAGAGCAGGAUGUUGUGUACCAGGUGCUCAUACCCAUGACUCCUCCUCGAGGCCACAGCUUCCACCUGGAGCUGGACUCUGCAGAGCACAGGCACGUCAGGAACUUCCGUGUCCGCGUGCAGCUGGAGUGCACCUGCAGCAAGGAGCAGCAGGCUGAGAACAUGCUGUGCUUCCUGCACCAUCCCGAGGAGGAGCUGAGGAGCAAUCAGGAUCCCAGCCUCCUGGACACCCUGUGCACCAACUCCUACCUGGAUGUGCAGAAAACUGCCCGCUGGUUCUACCAGCUGGUGAGAGCCAUCUGGCCAGCUCUGCCUCAGUCACACAACUGGCAUUUAAAGCUGCUGCCCUCCAGACGCUCCUGCCAAUUCCAGGUGAGCAAUGGCAGAGAAAGCUUCAGGAUUGAGAUGCUGUUUGGGGUGCAAAGAGGCGACUCCGACAUCUUUGUGAGCAGCCAGCCUAGAGAGGCCCACACCCAAAGCACAGCCUGGCCUGAGACCUAUGCUGUGGCCGAGAUGAAGUUCUUCCAGCACAUUGCUAAUCAGGCUCCCAGUGACAGUUUGCACCUCAAAUGCCUGCAGUUCUUCACCCGCCUUCUGCUGGGCUUCAGCUUUUCCACCUACUCCAUGAAGACCAUUGUCAUGCACCUGCUCAAUGUGGUGCCCGUGUCACAGUGGCGCAGGAGAGAUUUGCUGCAGCGACUGCUUAAUAUCAGCAAGAGUCUGCGCGUGUGUGUGCAAGCAAAACGCCUCGACCACUUCAUUGUGGGGAACCAGAGGCUACCUCAGGACAUCCUUUUACCCCCAGAUCUUCAAAGGGCUCAGCCAUACAAUCUCUUCCAUCACAUGGCAGAGGAACCAUCCGCACACAUCCAGGCCAUAAAUGAGUACCUGGUACUGCAAAAGUGGUUCAAAAGAAUCCUUCUCGGUGAGCAGUGAAUGAAUGUGCCAAUGCACAGAGCUGUGUGCUGCUCACAGCUGGCACCAAGGCACCUCAUCAUACAAAUGUGAUGCUUUGAGGAGAAGAGGAUGCAAAGGCUCUGGUGAAGGCCAACAGCCUCUCCUGUUGCUUCAGAAGGUGGAGUGCCACAGGAGGGUUUAUUCUGCCACCUGGUAUCAUUCCAUUUUCCAAAAAAGGCACACAGAUCUACAUUAAUCCCUUCUGGAAUUUCCCCCCUCCUGAGAAUGCAAGUGAAGAUAGAACAUGCCGUACACGCAGGGCAAAAGUCACCAAACCCCACCUGUAACAGGCACUUGUUCUUGGCCUUUGAGAAGCGCCAAAAUUUAAAGCAUGAAAGAAGCGGGAAUGUGGGACAG